ACUAACUCAUUUGGUGGCUAUAUUUAGUGAGUAGAUAACAUUUUUUUUAAAAUUAAAACUUAAAAAUAAACUCCCCCCUUUUUUUUUUUAAUUUUUUUCGCAAUGCACCGGCUAGUAAUUUAGGAAGAGAAGAGUAUUACACUAUCCAGUAUCUACUAUGUCAAAAUAAAUAGAACACAAUUUUAAGUGUGGAUCCCAGUCUCCACCUACCUCCAUGUUGACGAAGUUAUCAACUUAACGAGUGCAGUUUCUUGGAAACUCGAAACAAUUUGGUAAAGUAGCAGCGUUGACUUGGUUGAAGAGAGAGAGAGUUCAGAUAAUUAAUGGCAGAUGGUGUCGUUUCCUUCCUGAUUCAGAACUUGUCACAGCUGCUUGUUGAUGAAGCGAAGCUGCUGUCCGGUGUGGAGGGAAAAGUCAAGUCCCUCAUCAGCGAGCUCAAGUUCAUAGACAUCUUCCUCAAGAGUUCAGAGGGGAAGCGCAACAACAACAUAGUUAAGGAAGUUGUGAACCAGAUUAGAGAUGUUGCCUAUGAAGCUGAAGAUGUUGUUGACAACUACGUCGCCAAUGUUAGCCUCCACAGAAGCAGAAGCAUCCUGGGGAAGAUGUUCCAUUGUGUUGGCCAAGCUAUGAUGCUUCAUAAUGUGGAUGCUGAGAUUGAGAAUAUCAAGAGAUCCAUUUCUGAGAUAUACAGCAACAGGGACAAGUAUGGCAUUGGAGAAGGUGAGUUCCAGUGUGGUGGAGAAGCUACCCCAGCUGCCACGGAGGCACUCCGGAAGAGGAGAAGGGAUGUGGAGGAAGAAGAUGUGGUUGGAUUGGUUCAUGAGUCUGAUACUGUCAUUAAGAAACUCUUGAAGACAGAUUCACGGCUUCAAAUAGCUUCCAUAAUUGGUAUGGGUGGUUUGGGAAAGACUACCCUUGCUAGGAAGAUCUACAAUAGUAAGAAGGUGAAGGAGAAGUAUCCAUUUCGUGCAUGGGGUUAUGUGUCUAAUGAGUAUAGAGCUAAAGAGUUAUUGUUGAGCCUUAUUCGGUGUUUGUCAACAUGGAAAUCUAAUGAAGAAAGUGAAGAGGAACUGAAGGAGCAUCUAAGAGAGUGCUUGAAUGGGAAGAAGUACUUAAUUGUGCUUGAUGAUAUUUGGAAAACAGAAGUGUGGGAUGAUGUAAAAGGAGCUUUUCCAGAUGACAAUAAUGGUAGCAGAAUCUUGAUAACGAGUCGAAUUGGAGAGGUAGCUGCUUAUAUGGGAACAAUGCCUCCUUACUUCCUUCCAUUUCUCACUGAAGAACAAAGCUGGGAACUUUUCUCCAAGAAAGUGUUUAGAGGAGAAGAAGAUUGUCCACCUGAUCUAAAAGAUUUAGGCAUGUCAAUUGUUGAAAGCUGUAGUGGCUUACCUCUUGCUAUUGUGGUGCUAGCUGGGCAUGUUUCCAAGAAGGAAAAGUCUCUUAGAGAGUGGUCAAGAAUCAAAGAACAUUGGCUUCGUGUUCGUGACAACAACACUGUGGUGGUGAUGGACAUACUAAAACUUAGCUAUGACAGUUUGCCUCAAAAAUUGAAGUCUUGCUUUUUAUACUUUGCAAUCUAUCCUGAAGAUUAUGAGAUCCCUGCAAGAAACCUUAUCCAGUUAUGGGUAGCUGAAGGUUUUAUACAAAUUCCAGAAACUGGAACAUCAGAUACAUUAGCACUGGAAGACAUUGCAGAGUAUUACUUAGAAGAGUUGGUUGAUCGUAGUCUGGUGCAAGUGGCAAGCAAGAGGAGCGAUGGGGGCGUAAAAACAUGUCGAAUUCAUGAUCUUCUUCGCGAUCUUUGCGUAUCUGAGAGCAAAGCAAGUAAAUUCAUAGAGAUACACAGAGAGUUGGACAUCAACAAAUCCAACUCUAGAAAGAUGUCUUUCCACCACAGCACACAAUUCUCAUCCUCACCAAACAAAAACAACCACUUUCACACACAUUCCUUGUUCCUCUUUGGAGAAGAGCUUACCUGGGAUGAUGAAUCAAAAGGAUGUAAACAGUUCAGGAAAAGCUUCAAGUUGGCCCGUGUUCUACACCUCAACAAAGUGUUGUUGGAUUUGCCACCUAGUGGCUUGAAGCUGAUGAUCCAUCUAAGGUACUUGAAGAUAAAAACAGAUUCUAGAUCUGCUGAAAAUAUUUUAGAUUCUAUAUCCAACCUUAGGAAUCUAGAAACACUGCAUUUAAGUUGUGACUGGGUGGUCUCCAUCCCAAUCAAGAUAUGGAAGUUGAAGCGGUUGAGGCAUUUCAACUUGAGAAUCAAAGAGAUUUCUCAGAUGUCUAGAGUAACAAACAAUGAAAGAAUGUCCAACCUUCAAACCCUUUGUGAAGUACCUCUCUAUUCAGAAACUAUAUCAAUGCUUAACAACAAUGGAAGCUUCCCUAACUUAAAGAAGCUGGGUUUAUGUUUCUAUCCAAACUUCCAGCAAUCUUCUACAGGUGCUGCCAAUCUUUCAUCACUUAGCAUGAACCACCUUAGCAAACUAUGCACACUCAAAAUAAGAGGUGAUCUCUUUAAUCCAUUCAGUGCAAAUGGAUUUAAGUCAACGUUUUUUCCAUCAAACAUUGAGAAGAUUACCUUGGUAGACUUCAAGGAAUUGGACUUUAAAGCUCUGGGGAAACUCCGGAAUCUGAGAAUUUUGAAACUGAGAAGAGGAUCAACAGGGGAUGGUAUUCAUUGUGUGGCCGGAGAGUUCCCGGCGCUUCAAAUGCUUCAGAUGAAGGAAGUGAAGGUUGAGAGGUGGAUACAAGAUGAAGGUGCAAUGCCAAGUCUUAGUCGUUUGAUCAUCAAAGGUGGUGCAGUGGAAGACCUUCCUCUACAACUUCAAUCCUUGGCUUCCAUUAAAUAGAAGCAUGCUAAGCAGUGGUGACUCAUAUUCUAUAAUACAUCAAUGUGAGAUCAUAGUCUGAUUGGUUCUUUGUUGUGUACUUUUGUUGAAGCUUGAAUUAUUUUCCAUGAUCAUUCUGAAAGCUAAGGCUGGUUCUUUUUUAUUUUAUGAAUAAAUGACCAUUUGUACCCAUGAAAGAUGAAAACGCUGACAUAUGUACUAACGCAAGAUGUCUUCCAUGUAACAAAAGUACCCUGUCUUUGGAAGGUUGGAGUGCCACGUAGAGUACUUUUGUCAUACGAAAGGCAUCUUGCGUGGUACAAGUUUAGUUUCGAUCUAGUGUGGGUACAUAUGUCAGUGUUUUCAUCUUUUAUGGAUACGAAUGGUCAUAAGGUCAUUUAUUCUU